UUUUUUCAUGGACCUACUUUUCCUCUGAUUGGUCAAAAAGAAAUAUAAUUUAAACAACCAUUUGUCACGUUACUUGUCACACAAUAGAAUAUAGGCAUUUUUUACAUGAAACUGGUACAUUGUAUCAAAUUUUAAACAACAACAAUUCAUAGGAAAACUCAUUUGUUUCGGGUAGGUAUACAGCGACUUGAUCGAGAGAUUUAGAAGCACACAGACUUGUUCUGAUCAAAGGUCGGCUAGUGGAAUAUACAGUCUAAGGACACUGUUCCGACAGGUUUAUAUAACUGUGUCUAUUUUUAAAACACACGUGUGUCCAAUGAAAAGCUUCGUUAUAAGUAGAUAUGCAAAAUGGGCCCUCAGCAAAACGUAUCUCGGAAACGUCAAUGCAAAUGAAACAAGCGGAAACAGCAAGAGAUUUUAAACCUUUGCGUAGUUUUCGGUGGGCGGAAAAAAUCGAUUUCAUAAUAUACGGAGGGUUUAUAUAUUGUUGGUAUAGAAUAGAACGGGAAAAUUCUAUGAUGCGUAAAAUCAAUUGUGUUUUGACCAAUCAAAUCAGAGGAUGAAAUAAUCACAUGGGGGGUUUCCCCUAAGUGAGGUCAGCACCUUGAAAUACGGAAUUUCUCUGUACAAGAUAAAUUGAAUGUGGCUGGCAAACUGUUCGUCAUUAUUUUCUGAAUUCGUCGACUUUCGUCCACGGUGUCUGUGAAAGAACGUUUACUUGGUUUUUAAAGUUUGAAAUUCACAGCAUGGCUCCCCCAAGGAAAAAGCUGGUCAUUGUAGGUGAUGGUGCCUGUGGAAAAACCUGCCUUCUCACAACGUUUUCUAAAGAUCAGUUUCCUGAAGAUCACAUUCCUACAGUUUUUGAAACUGAUGUGGCUGAUAUUGAAGUGGAUGGCACGUUCGUUGAGUUAGCGUUAUGGGAUACAGCAGGACAAGAAGAUUAUGACAGGCUGCGACCUCUCUCCUAUCCCCAUACGGAUGUUAUUCUGAUGUGCUUCUCAAUUGAUAAUCCUGACAGCUUGGCAAACAUCCCUGAAAAAUGGACUCCUGAAGUUAGGCAUUUCUGCCCUAAUGUCCCAAUAAUUUUGGUUGGUAACAAGAAAGAUCUGAGAAAUGACGAAAACACAAAGAGAGAGUUAUCCAAGAUGAAAAAAGAGCCUGUUAAAAGUGCGGAAGGAUCUUUGAUCUGUGAAAGGAUCAAGGCUUAUGCUUACCUGGAGUGUUCUGCUAAAACAAGAGAAGGAGUAAGAAAUGUAUUUGAAACGGCUGCGAGAGCUGCGCUUACUGAAAACAGCUACUGGAAGGAAAAGCCACUUUUUAAACGGCGGUGGAAAUGCUGUAUUCUGUAAAAUAAGUAACAUUUGAAUGUGCUUAAUUUAGGAAACCUUAGUAAAAUUUGAACUAGCUCGGUGGAGACUUCGAUAGACUGUCGUUUGUUGAGCUGUGUUGUUAGUUAAGAAAACAAUCGUAAAAUGUUUGACUCGCACAAGAACUUUUUUUGUCGAGCAUUGACGUAAUUUUAUAGAGAAGUGUUUUAAAAAUCAUGGUGGAGAACUUUAAGCUAUUUGUGUGUAGUAUAUGUCCAAUUAGUUCAUGUCUUUUUGUGCGACAAACGUAUUUUGAUAGUCCAGUCACCAUUAUAUUGCUAGUCAUUGCAGCUACUAGCUUACUUUGAGUAGCAGACGUUCAAUUCCAAAAGCGCGCGAAGGGAAGAAACUGCGAGUGACUGUGAAAAAUUUGAAGCAGGGGGAGGGUGGGGAGAGGGUAAAAAAAUGAAUCAUCCCUUUCCUCCCCACUCCUUCUUCCUUCUAGAUCUCCUCCAUUUUUGCUCACCCCCACCCUCUUCUCCCCAGUUUUUGCUCACCGGCCAAGUGAGCUCGUUUGCUCGCUCGCUCGCUCGAGUCUCCGCCUGGAAAAUGGAAAGAAAAGUCUUCUACGCAGGCUGCUAAUAGCUUAGUUCAAACACUUUUAAAGAUGGAGCCUUUGAACUCUUGAAUCCCCAUUUCUUGGGGCUCAGUAAUGCAAGAAAGCAUUAUUUCUGCUCACGUUCCCUUGAAAGAGGAAGUUGACAAGAGGAAAUAACGUCAGCAAUCGAACCGCAUCUUUUUUUUUUUGUCACGCCACAUGUUUACAUAUGUCACGUAGUCGUGAAUAAAAUGGAGAGUGACAAAUCUACAAAGAGCUUUGAAUAACAGCGCUGUUUAAAAAUACGUUCAAAGCAUUUAAGGUAAAUUGUAAUCGUUUUGGGUUCGGAUGCAUCAAAAUUUUGAUGACAUCGCGUUAGAUUUUAAGAAAAGACCUCUAUCCAAUGGAAAGUUUCCUUAUAAGUAGACACGUAGACAGACUUAACUAAAACUAGCUAAUAUCGACAAAUUAAAUAGAUAAUAAACUAAGCGAGAGAUAUUUUGAAAUCGGGAUGAAAUAAAAGAAUUUUCCACUCUUA